GCCAUUAAAACCCGAAGAAGAAGAAGAAGAAGAAGAGCGCAGCAUCUUCAUAGCAGUCGAAGAAGAACCAAAAUCUAGGAGGAAACAUGGCUUCCCCUGCUGGUUGCGAGCACUAUGUGCGCAGCUGCUUAUUGAAAGCACCGUGCUGUGGUAAACUGUAUGUGUGUCGGCUGUGCCACGAUGCAGAGGAGAACCACCAGAUGGACCGGUUCAGAGUCAGAGAGGUGCAGUGCUCUGAGUGUCAGACAGUGCAGCAGGCACAGCAAACUUGCCAGCAGUGUAAUGUACAGUUUGGGGAGUAUUACUGUGACAUUUGCCAUUUGUUCGACAAGGAUAAGAAGCAGUACCACUGUCAGCCCUGUGGAAUAUGCAGGAUUGGGCCCAGGGAGAAGUAUUUCCACUGUGAGAAGUGCAACCUGUGUUUAGCCCAGGAUCUGCUGGGAAACCACAAGUGUGUUGAAAAUGUUUCAAGGCAGAACUGCCCAGUAUGUAUGGAGGAUAUUCACACAUCCAGAAUUGGAGCUCAUGUUCUUCCAUGUGGCCACCUUUUACACAAGACCUGCUUUGAUGACAUGGUCAGAACGGGUGCAUAUCGCUGCCCUCUGUGUAUGCACUCUGCCUGGAGCAUGGAGGACCAUUGGGAUCAAAUAGACAAAGAGAUUGCCCAGUCACCGAUGCCCACUGAAUACCAGGGAGCUACUGUCAAAAUUAUAUGUAACGACUGCCAAGCCCACUGCACGGUGCCUUUCCAUGUUCUGGGGAUGAAGUGCAGCAGCUGUGGCUCCUACAACACAGCACAGGACGGGGGACUCAUCCAGCAGCCGAUGCCUCAGCAGCAGCCAGAGCAGGACACUGAGAAUGAGCCAGAAACAGACACAGAACCACAGCAGCAAGAUCAACCUCAGUCACCCACGCCACAGUAAAAUGACAGCCAACCACAAUGUGUGACAUUUAUACUUUAGACAUUUGGCUUAUGUGUGUACUUACACUGAGUGUAACAGUAGACUGAGCCAGUGUUUCUACAUUGUACAUAUUACAAAACAAAAAAUCAUCUAUUUUCUGUACCUGCUUAUCCUGCCUGGAAUGUAUCCCAGCAUGCACCAGGUGAGAUGAAAGGUACACCCUGGACAGGUUGCGAGUCUAUCACAGGACUUAGACAUAUCCACACACAUUCACACCUACAGGCAGUUAAUAAGGGCUUUUCACAGUGCAUAUUGUGCAUAAGAGCUGACCCUGGAUGCCCUUUUUAACUCAGAUUUAACCUAACCUCAGGGCUUUAUGAUUCAAACGGAACAUGUGACAUAAUGUUUAAUUUUUUGUUUACGCUCUGUUUACUAUAGCCUGUUUCACACUGGAACCAUCUAGCCCUGUGUUCAGUCGAUUUUUGGGGGAUAACCCUGCAAACUCUGAUCCAACCCUGCUCCAGAACAGGGUCAGCACCAGCCACCCUGGGCUAAAGUCCGGGUAACAAUGUGUCAGGAUUGUGUGAAAGCUUUCUUAGCCAGAGGUUCUAACAAUGCUUUUAGCCCUGGAAUAAGUGCAGUGUGAAAAGCCCUUUAGCCCAUCUCACCACCCAGGAAGGUCUUGCUGGGGGGGGGGUGGAGGAGGAGGAGGAGGAGGAGGAGGAGUCUAACCACUGAGCCACUGUGUGGCCCUAUGGCAAAAAAAAGAAAAAAGAGCUGGUACUUCAAGUGAGAAAGUGCUGUUGUUGUUCAGGGACUGUUUCAUAUGUCCUGUUUAAAUUCACUCAGUAAGACAUUGUGUGCACAAGGGUGUGUGAGCUUGUCAUAUAUACAGUACUGUAUCUCCACCAGCUUUGAUGUGUCAGAUUUUUAAAUAAAAAAAAAUAAAUUAAAAGUAGCCCUUAGGCAGAAGUCAACAUGAUAACAAAGUAACUGACAUUGACUGACCUGCUGGCAGCACAGCACAAGACAAUGUGCAAACCAGGUGCUUUUCUUUGUAUAAAUGCCCUGUGACUCAAAGAUUAAACAGAUCACCUUUUUCUAAAUUUGACUUCUUAGUCCAUAUUUUAAUUACGGAGUGUGAAUGCCACUCUUGUUAAUUGUUUAUUAAUAAUUGAUGCCACAGGUGAUGUCUUUUAAACCUGUCAUGUUAUCUAAUUGUUUAUCUAAAAACAAAGCAAAACAGACCAGUACUCUGAUUUAAGCUGUGAAUUAUUUAUAUUAUAAAUAUUUCACAAGUAUGUAUCUAAAUGUGUCUGUAAUUUAGAUGAUCAAAAUAAAUUACUGACUAGGCCUUUAACCUGCUCAUUUUCUAAAGCCAGCCAAGAAAUGUGGUUUGUCUGAAAUGUGGUAGUGGAAAUAUGCCUUGCCUGUUUGUCAUGAUAAACUACUGCAACACAUGCACCUUUUGAGUAUUUCCCUCUCAUACAUACAUACAGUGCUGUAAUGGCUGUAAUGGCUGCUGUGACGAAAGGGCCUGAUUUCCAGUACCAUUUGCUUUUUGUGUCUUUAUUUGCAGGUGUAAAGUUUGGUUACCUUUACAAUGACAGUAAUACAAACUCCAAAUAAACAACAUCAUUUUACUAAA